CUUACUGUUUUUUUAUGAGUAGAGAUUCUGGGCCAUGUAGUAAAACUAUAUAUCAUUUUUUGUCUUUCUGUUUCAACAGUUAAAAUUCAAUUUUUUGUAGGGCAAGUUUAUACAAAAAAUGUUUCUUUAAUUAAUGGGAAACUCAUGGAAGGAAAAAUAACCCAGUGCUGUUGCAUGCACUUGCACAUUAAUUGUGUUCUGUUUUCCAAGAGUACAACAGAUUCUUAUGGCUAUUGUGUGGGUAUCAAAACCCAAGACUAAAUUUUGGUACCUCCUAGGCAAAUAAUGUUUGAUAUGUAAGAGGUAAUGAGAAUGAUUUUUUCUUCAGGUAAUUUUUUUUAAUUCUCUCCUUCAUUUCUCUCACCCUGUCCUUUUCCUCAGAAUUCUCGUUCAGGGUGAAUCUUUUCUGUGUAUGGAGCUAGCAUAUGGCCUACGCACCAUUUGAGUUACACACUCUUUGUAUUGUCUCUGCAUUGAGGUGAAAUCACUCCCAGAGAAUAAAAGAAGACCAGAUUUUCCUACUGAGCGCCUCACCAAGAUUUGCUAAGAACUGAAUCACAUUGUUGUUCUGUGAACCUUAUCUCAGAAUCACAAUCCGCUGGCUUCCUUUUUCCUAAGAAGGUAAGAAGCUUACCCUGAGGGAUAGUGAAACAGCUGGAUCAAAAAUUCCUGAACUUCUUUUGUGUGAUUUUUUUUUUUUAUGCUUGCGGCUUUAACAGGAUUCACUGUUCCACAACUCUCAGAACAUUUGGACAGAAAUAAGCAGAUGCAUGCACUUUCCUGAAAUUCCGUAUGAGGCAAUUAUCUUUGGACAGUAUCAGGAUUAGGCUAUUGUUCCAACAUACAGUUCAAUUUGAAGAUUUGUGGGAUAGAUGAAGAAUCUGAGAGUCCUUUUUUACAAACUGCUUAAAAAUUAACACACUUGUUGAUUUGAAGAAAAGACUAGUAACUUCCUUGGCUCAGUCUGUCAUUACUUACAUGAAUAUCAACUGAUGCUGAAGAAAUUACUCAGAUAUAGUGUGGGAUUUUUAAUACAAAUAAUUAGAAUUUUUUCAAAUAGUUGCUUUGAUGGAAAGCUUUUCUAUUUGAAAGUAACUUUUAAACAAGAUUUAACUGUUUCAAUUCUUAGUGUGUAUUUGAGACUCCCCCCCCAUAACAUGAAAUCAUGCUAUAAGAAAUCUCUGAUAUAGGUAUUUAUUUCUGCCAAUAUAAUAUAAAAGUAGAAAUAAUCAGUUCAUAUUAAAUUGUUUAAUUAGUAGAUUAUGAUGAUAUUUGAAUUUUCACAAAUGUAAAAGAGGUUUAACUUCCUGGAAAUUUUGUACAAGAGUGUUUGUUUGCACUGCACAUUUAUUUAUGUUUCAUAGGGACAAGUAUCAGAAUGAAAAAGCAGUCUAAUAUUACCGUAUUUCUAUUUUGAGUUGUAGAGCAGACUAACUUGUUCCAGUUUAUUAUGUUUUGAAUCUAUGACUUUUCAAAAAAACCUCCAGUCAGCUGAAGUGGGCUGUGCCCAUGAAAGCUCAUGAUACCAUGUACAUGGUUUGUUAGUCUAUAAAGUGCUAUGAGACCAUUUGUUGUUUUUUAAGUUAAUCCUGUACAGACUAACUCAGCUACCCCCUGCGUUAUUUAUAGUGUUAGCCAGGUAAUUUAUGAAACACAACGUUUAUCUUUUUUAAUUAAUUAUUUGAAAACUUGACAAGACUGCGAGGAAACUAAGUUAAUGAAGAUUUUUGACAUUUUAUGUUACUAUUUUGAGCAACAAAUACAACAUUUCAAAUUUUAUUUUCUAAAAAAUACAAAAAGCAUGUUUGGAAGACCCCAAAUCCAUAUUUUCUUUGGAGCGCCCAUCAUUCCAACCCCGGCGGAAGUGUCAGAGGAACAGAGUUUUUCGGUAGCCACUGCUGAAACAUGGAAAGAACUCCACCUUUCAUUUGACAAACACGCCUUCCAUCUUUCUGACAGAAAAUGUCAAUGCCCAGAUCAUGCGAAACAUCAGUCACCAGAUCCCAGAGGCGUAGCUAUUCACACAAGAGAUCAUUUCUCUGUGAACUCUGAACAGGGACGGUUUGGCAUAGCAGAAGAUUAUUUGACAUAUGUACCUGUAGUUGGAAGGAUGGAAACUCAUGAUACUGCAUUGAAGAGGACUGUUGAUGUGACUUCCUAUGGUUAUCAAAUAUCUGAACAUAGAGACACAUGGAAAAAUAUGAAUCGAGUUGCAGAUCAACAACUUCCUGAUAUAUUUAUAAAAACAGAUGAACUGCAUAGAAAACCAUCAAAAGAAUGUUUUCCAAACCUUUCUGAAAAAGAUGUCAGACAUCUGGAAGAUGAGUGCUGUGAUAUUUCUGACUUGGUUUCCAGUACUAAAGAGAUUAGCAUACAUUUAAAGUCUAUGAGAAAAGAUGUUUUAUUAAAUGAUCAUAGUGUCCAUCAUGAACGUCUUAGUCAGUAUCUGGAAAUGUUUUUUCCCAAAAUAGCAAAGGAGUCAAAAACAAAUAGACCAAUGCGUGACUGUUCAGACUUUGCAAUAUCAACAGAAACUGAAUUUCUUAGUAUAAGAACAUCAAGUCAAGUUGCCAUUCUUGCCCAAAAGCAUUUUAAAGAACAGAAUCAAAUGCAGAAGGAAGCCAAGAAACUGAAGGAAACAGAAGUAGAAAAAAAAAGUGGAGAAAAUGAAGUAGUUUUAGAUGAACCUUUCCAGACUAAUUUUGUUGUUGGAGCAUGCAUUCAUGUGUCUGAGACUGACCAAGAGUCUGUGUGUUCCCUUGAACUUUUCAGUUCGGAGAGCGCCAGGAACACUACUUGUCUUGAGUCUACAGAAAGACAAACAAGCUCUCAGGAAAACAUAGAAGACUCUCAAGAACUUGUCAGUGAUGAUAAUGAACAACUGCAGAAUGAGAUCUGUAUUGAACCAUUGAGCACAGGAAUAUUGUGCUCACAAGUAGAUAAUUAUUAUAAAGGCUCUUCUAAAAGAGCCCGAACAUCUGAAGACUUCCUAAGUAUUUCUCACUCGACUCUGAAAGCCCAGCAGAAAUCAAAGAGACCUAAACUGAUUUGUUCUGCAACCAAGCCUGAAACAAAAGUAGAUCAAGAAAUGAUGUCCAAGUUUUGGAAAUUUCGGCCAAAUCCAUGGCUACUUAAAAACUGCUGCUGCAAGAACCAGAAGUACAGUGUUUUGGUUACAGUACUACAUCCUUGUCAUGUCAAAGAAAUACAGAUAAAGUCAAGACCAAAAUCUUCCUCUAAAGUUCCCAUUGCAACUAUUAUAGUUAUCGACCAAUCAGAAAUAGAGAAGAAGGUUGUGCUGUGGCGGGCGGCUGCUUUUUGGGCACUCACAGUGUUUCCUGGAGAUAUUGUACUACUCACAGAUGUCAUUGUAUAUGAGAACAAGUGGUAUGGAGAAAUGAUGCUGCAGUCAACAUUUACCAGUCAGUUAUUUAAUCUGGGGAGCUGCUCAGCUAUUGAUCCCAAAAAAUUUUCCCAUGUUGUAGAUGCUGAUGUUCUUCAAGAUUUGCUGGCAUAUGUGUCUUCAAAAUAUACCUACUUCAGAGACCUUCCAUGCAGAAAACCACAGAAGUUGGAUGGCAUACAGUUUGUCCAGCUAGACCAACUUCAGCCAGAUACAUUGGUGCAUUUGGUACUAAAACUUGUUAACAUCACUAUACUAACAGAGUCUUUAUAUAGUUAUAAAGGAGAGACACAAAGGAAAAUUAUUCUAACAGUGGAACAGAUCAAAGAUCAGCGCUAUCUGUUGGUGUUAUGGGGAGCAGGGGCAGCCUGGUGUCCUAAACUUCAAAGGAAAAAGGAUCAUAUAUGGGAAUUUAAAUACCUACUUGCCAAACGUAGUUCUAUUUCAGGUGACAUUGAACUGCACACAACUCCAUGGUCAUUCUGUGAGUGUUUGUUUGAUGAUGACAAAAGGGCAGUUGAAUUUAAAGAGAAGUAUCAAAAAUGUGAAAAGCCCCUCAUGAAAAUGACAAAUCUGGCAGCACACCUAGAGGAAAAAUGUUCAGGAGUGAGUCAACUGAAAGCUCGUGUCUUAGAGUUGAAGUUUACCAUUACUGCUCCCCAGUACAGGCAAUUCAUCUUUGAUGCUGACACUUCAUUAGAAUGCAUUUUGGCUUCUCUUCCUAUGAUCAUCUAUUCAGGGUGUGCAAAAUGUGGUUUGGAACUACAGACAGAUGAGAACAAGAUCUACAAGCAGUGCCUUAGUUGCUUACCGUUUAACAAAGUGAGAAAGUUCUACAGACCAGCCCUGAUGACUGCAGAAGACAAAGGAUAUGAGAUUUGUAUUCAAGUGGUAUCAGAGUUGAUGGAGAAAAUCUUCCUUAAUAUUCCUGCAGACUGGCUGAACAGAUUAAUAGUGCCUCCCUCAGAUGUUACCUAUGGCAUGGUAGUGGCAGAUCUGUGCCACUCACUGCUGUCAGACACAUCCUGUCUGUUGGACAUUAGGAGCCAUUUUACUCUGGAUGAAAACAGCUAUCCUCUGCAACAGGAUUUCUUCCUGCUGGAUUUCCAUCCUGAUCUCUGAAGCCUUGUCCUCUUCAGUGACUGACUGACUGACUGACUAACAGAGAGCAUAUGAAUUAGCAGAUUUAAAAAAAACAAACAAAAAAAACCCUGCAUUAUCCCACAAAAGGAUAGAGACAAGAAAAGUAAAGAACGACAGUGAAAAAUGUUUUUAUGUAUAAUUUGUACUAAAAAUUAAGAAUAAAAAUGAAAAUCCACUGCUGUAAUAUUUUAUGAAUUGUCAUAUAGUGAUUUUAUAUGCUGUUCUUAAAUAUUUUGUAUAUACCUUUAUUUAUAAAAGGGUUUCACCAA